UGUGCUUGUCUCCGGAACACGGGCGCUGACUACUAGAAUGUGAGAGCAAGGAAUGAUGUUGGAUAGGAUGGAGCUUACUGGAGGAACUUUGUCUAUUAAAUCAGCCAAAACAUAAGAAGCCAUAUAUUACACUUGAUCGCCAUUCAGUAACGGAGAAAGGACUCUUUCAUCGCUAUUUAAUCGGCUCAGCUUGUGGUGGUUCAUUUCUGGCGAGUGGAGCCGAAUGUUGGUGGACAGAAACGCAGGCUGUGCACACAGGCUCGGAUCGUAGAGAGACGGGAGACGAGCGCGGCAGGUAGACGGUUACCGUAUACCUAAAGGGGGAUGUUAUCGGUACUUUCCUAUGGCAGGAUUGUUGCCAGGGCUGUCCUGGGCGGACUCUCUCAAACUGACGGCAGAGAUUAUAGCCUGAUCACCGCGAGCUGCGGCUUCGGAAAGGACUUUCGCAAGGGGAUCUUGAAGAAAGGCAUGUGUUACGGGGAUGAUGCCUGCUUCAUUGCCCGGAACAAGUCUGCUGAUGUACUGGGUGUUGCGGACGGUGUGGGGGGCUGGAGGGAUUACGGAGUCGACCCGUCCCAGUUCUCCGCUACUUUGAUGAAGACAUGCGAACGGCUUGUAAAGGAGGGCCGCUUCACUCCCAGCAACCCUGUGGGCAUCCUUACGACCGGCUAUUAUGAACUCCUGCAGAACAAAGUGCCACUGUUGGGGAGUAGCACAGCUUGUAUAGUUGUACUGGACCGUCGGAGUCACAGGAUACACACCUGUAACCUUGGAGACUCGGGUUUCCUGGUGGUCCGAGGUGGAGAGGUGGUCCAUCGGUCAGAUGAGCAGCAGCACUACUUCAACACACCCUUCCAGCUGUCCAUUGCCCCGCCAGGAGCAGAGGGCGUCGUGUUGAGUGACAGUCCGGAUGCUGCAGAUAGCGCCUCCUUUGACGUCCAGUUAGGUGACAUUAUUCUGACCGCUACUGAUGGCCUCUUCGACAACAUGCCUGACUACAUGAUCCUGCAAGAGCUCAAGAAACUUAAGAAUACCAACUAUGAUAGUAUCCAGCAGACUGCCCGCAGCAUCGCUGAACAAGCUCACGAGUUGGCCUACGACCCCAACUACAUGUCUCCUUUUGCCCAGUUUGCCUGUGACAAUGGGCUGAAUGUAAGAGGGGGGAAACCCGAUGACAUCACAGUGCUACUGUCCAUUGUGGCAGAAUACACAGACUGAGCACGCCUAGUGGAGUUCGCUCCUCUUACCCCUGUGUCUUCCACCCCUCUUAUAUAUUGCACUGCUCCCAUGUCAUCUCCCAGCAGCCAUCACCCUUUUCGUUUUUCCAUUUCUCGAGUAGACCUCCAGUCGAUGCAUUGAGGAGGGUAGCGUGCUGGUAUGGAUGAUGAUGAUGCAGGCGGUAUCUACAAACUGAUGACCUCAUUUGUGCCCAAGGAUUGUGGGAAUCAUUUAUCCAUCUUCAACCGAGUCGUUUCCGAUUCCCCCUUUCAUAAGUCAAGGAAUAUUGUGUUAUCGCUCCGUUUAAGUCUGAGUUUUGGGAGGUCUGUGCUCGCUUGUGAGAAAUGCUUAGGGAUUGAGAUCCAUUCAGAGUAGUUAAAAAUAUUGCCGCAUGGUCGGCAAGCAUACGCAAUGUCUAAACUAGUGAGAAACCGGGAUUGGACAAUGGCUCUAAUGCAACAUCGCUCCAGUCGAGGACGAGUUUGAUGGUUAGUGAGCGCAUAGGUGUGUGUUGGACAUAUAGAGCUGGCAUAUAUGAUUUGGUUGUCUAAGUCUGUGCAAGCCGAUGAUCUUAUUCGUGUAUGUGUCAUGUUUGGUUGUCAGUCAGCAUUUGUUAGGUGUAAUAUAAAGGCAGGUUAUAGUUCAGAGAGAAAACCUUUUGGGAAAUGCAGGUACUCAUAGAGGGGCUGGUUGAGUCGUAUUCUUAUUCCAGACAAUUACUUGUAGUGGGGUCUCGGUUUAGGAGUACAAAUAUAUUGGGUGACAAUGGGCAGGUUAUAUGAAACAGAGACUUGCUGCACAGAUGUCAUAAUCCUGCUCAUGGUGGCAGUGGAUGUCGACUGUAAAUGCGUGUUGGAUGUAUAUUUACAUGAACCUCAGAAGUCUACACGCACAAAUGGCUAGCAUCUGGCAAUGCUUUUCUUGUAAUCGGAAAAUAUAUAAAUAAAUGUUUUAUUUUUAUAAAUAUUUACGUUUUAUCAGACAAGACUGCGGCGUUUUGUGCGCCCCCUAGUAAGGUUCGGUUUUAAGGUAAUAUUUUUGUUUUCUGUGUCGCUCUAGAUUGGUUUUAGAGGACACCUUCACGUUUAUGUGCUGCUUUGAUUUUUGUAAAUUAUAAAUGUAUGAGUGACUACAUUAUUUAUAUGAAUGUUUUUACCUGUACAAUAAAAAUGGGUGAGCU